AUGCAGACUGCUUCUACAAACAUCUGUGAAAGAAUGGGUCGCUCUCAGGAGCUCAGUGAAUUCAAGCGUGGUACCGUGAUAGGUUGCCACCUGUGCAAUAAAUCCAUCCGUGAAAUUUUCUUGCUACAAAAUAUUCCACGGUCAACAGUGUUAUUAUAACAAACUGGAAGCAACUGGGAACAACAGCAACUCAGCCACGAAGUGGUAAGCCACGUAAAAUGACAGAGUUGGAUCAGUGCAUGCUGAAGCGCACAGUGCGCAGAGGUCGCCAACUGUCUGCAGAGUCACUUAGUUCCAGUGAAGGGUACUUUUAAUGCAUCAACAUACCAAGACAUUUUGGACAAUUUCAUG